AAACAUGCCAUCCUCUGCCUCAGCCUCCCUGAGUGCUGGGAUUACAGGCGUGGGCCACUGUUACAUGGGGCAUGGCAAAACUGCCUGGGGAAAGGAACAGGGCCUGUCAAUUGCAAGAUCCCAGGGCAACUGGAGGACCCAGUGUGUAGAACUGGAAAGCUCCCAAGUCCUAGGCAUAGGAAAGAGCGGAAAGCCGCUGUCCUGCUUGAGGUCCACUGCAGCACUUUCAGGCGCGUGAGUGCCUUCAUUUCUGCUUUCACCUCUUCUCUUAUUCCGCCCAAGUUCACUCUGCAGAGCUGGCUUCUCCCAUUCCCAUUUACCCCGCGCUUUCCAAAUGCAGGCUUGGCCCCCACGGUUUGGGGUUUGGGGCUUGUUUUGUUCAACCCUUUGUUCAAGGCAAGACCCUGGAGUCCUUUCGAUUGGUGAGCGUUUCUGAAGGCCCUGGGCCGCCAGGCUCAGCACACUUCCAUUCUGUGGUGCAGUCUAUUCCUGCCGUCUUGUCACCAUUUCAGCUUUUUACUUUUAUUUUGUUUAUUUUAACCGGGGAUCGAGCUCACGACCUUGCGCUAGCCAGGCAGGUGCUGCGCUGGCUCCAUCCCCGGCCUUGCGUUCGCCUUUGAGGCAGGGUCUUGCUCGCUGGUGGUGUUCGCUCCUCGUGAACGGACGAACGCGGCUUGACAGCCAGCCUCCCGAGCCGGCUCCCGCCCCCGCGGCCCUGGGCGUGUCCAUCCGUCCCCCUGUCAGUCCGGAGGGGCGGCGCGGGCGCUGCGAGCUGCUCGAUGGCGGAGCCCGCGGGACCCGGCCGGGGCCCGGCCAGCACCCAGGCAGAGCGGCCGGCGGACAGCGGAGCCGGUCGCCUCUCACUCUGUACCAAGGUGUGCUAUGGCUUUGGUGGCAUUCCCAACCAGGUGGCCUCCAGUGCCACAUCCUUUUACCUGCAGCUCUUCUUGCUUGACGUGGCCCAGAUCCCCGCUGCCCAGGUGUCCCUUGUGCUGUUUGGAGGGAAGGUGUCCGGGGCAGUGGCCGACCCUGUGGCCGGGUUCCUCAUCAACAGAAGCAGGAGGACGGGCUCCGGACGACUCAUGCCCUGGGUGCUGGGCUGCACGCCCUUCCUCAGCCUGGCCUACUUCUUCCUGUGGUUCCUGCCUCCUUUCCCCAGCCUGCAUGGCCUCUGGUACACAGUGUUCUACUGCCUCUUCCAAGGCCUGGCCACGUUCUUCCAGGUGCCCUACACAGCGCUCACCAUGCUGCUCAGCCCGAGUCCCCAGGAGCGGGACUCUGCCACUGCGUACCGGAUGACCAUGGAAAUGGCAGGGACACUGAUGGGAGCCAGCGUCCACGGGCUGAUUGUGUCCAGUGCCCACAGGUCCAACCACUGUGCAUUUCCUGGGCCUGCUGCUGUCUCCCCGGAUGCAACCCGCCUCUACUCCAUCGCGGCCGGUGUGGUGGCCCUGACCUACCCUGUGUGCAUCAGCCUGCUCUGGCUAGGGGUCAAGGAGCAGCCAGACCCUGCUGACCCGGCCUCAGCCCAAGGCCUCGGCUUCCUGGCUGGGCUGGGCCUCACAGCCCGGCACCCACCCUAUGUGAAGCUGGUGGUCUCCUUCCUGUUCAUCUCAGCAGCAGUGCAGGUGGAGCAGAGCUACCUGGUCCUGUUCUGCACACACGCCACCCAGCUGCGAGACCACGUCCAGGGCCUGGUGCUGACCGUCCUGGUCUCGGCUGUGCUGAGCACUCCGUUGUGGGAGUGGGUUCUCCAGCGAUUUGGGAAGAAGACGUCAGCCCUUGGCAUCUGUGUGAUGGUGCCUUUUGCAGUCCUGCUGGCUGCUGCGCCCAUAGCACCUGUGGCAUACGUUGUGGCCUUUGUCUCUGGCGUGAGCAUUGCUGUGUCCUUGCUGCUCCCCUGGUCCAUGCUGCCGGACGUGGUGGACGACUUCCAGCUGCAGCACCAGCACGGCCCAGGCCUGGAGACCAUCUUCUACACAUCCUACGUCUUCUUCACCAAGCUUUCAGGCGCAUGUGCCCUGGGCAUCUCUGCCCUCAGUCUAGAGUUUGCAGGGUACAAGGUAGGAGCCUGCAGGCAGGCGGCAGAGGUGGUGGUGACCCUCAAGGUCCUCAUCGGUGCCGUGCCCACCUGCCUGGUCCUUAUUGGGCUGUGCAUCCUCAUGGUCAGCCCUGCUCCCCGGCUGCCAGGCCAGGACACCUCCCACCAGCAGAGCCUCCGGAGGAAGAGCAGCCUCAGCCUUGCUUCAAAUUCAAGAGGACUUCUGUGAGCCGAAGGGCGGGAGCCCUGGACCACCUCCCCACACGUUGGCGCAAGGCGUUGCCCUGCAGGCUGGCGUGUCCGGUGACGAUUCCCCCGGCCUGGCCUGGCUCCAGGACGCCCCGGACAUCUGCACACGGAUCACACAGCACCUCAGGCCU